UGUUAGCAACUGUGAAUAUCCCCCUCGAGGGACAUGCGGAGCGGCUAAAAUAUUCUCAAAAGCUCGAUCACUUCUUGCAAUUUCAACCAAUCUGAAAUACACACAAAAUCUCUCUCCGGGUGGUUGACUACCUGCAGAGAGUAAGCAAGAACAAGAUGUUUUCACUUCACUUUAGUACUUCAAUUUCUCCUUCUCGUCAACAAUUCUUAGGAACCAAUUCCCAAUUUCCCAUUAAACUCCUCCCCUCAUUAUCCAACCCCAACAACCAGUUUAACAACUGUUCGCUACCGUUGAAUUAUGCUAACAAAAUCAAAUCCUUGAGAACCCACAAUUUUUUUCGUUCAAGAAUUACUUGCUCUGCAAAAGCUGCUCAGCAGGGCUCUGAUCUGGUGGUGAAAGAGAAAAGUGUUUCUGUGGUUCUGCUUGCGGGAGGAAAGGGUAAAAGAAUGGGUGCAAGCAUGCCAAAGCAGUAUCUUCCACUACUAGGCCAACCAAUUGCACUUUAUAGUUUUUACACUUUCUCAAAGAUGCCUGAAGUAAAGGAAAUUGUCGUAGUUUGUGAUCCUUCUUAUCAAGACAUCUUUGAAGAUGCUAAAGAUAGUAUACAUGUGGACCUCAAAUUUGCAUUACCCGGAAAGGAGAGGCAAGAUUCAGUAUAUAGUGGACUUCAGGAAAUUGAUUUGAAUUCUGAACUUGUCUGCAUUCAUGAUUCUGCAAGACCUCUGGUAUUAGCUGAAGAUGUAGCUAAGGUCCUAAAGGAUGGUUGGCUUAUUGGGGCAGCUGUCCUAGGUGUUCCUGCCAAAGCUACUAUCAAAGAGGCAAAUGGUGAAUCUUUUGUAGUGAAAACUCUGGACAGGAAAACGCUAUGGGAAAUGCAAACCCCUCAGGUUAUCAAGCCUGACUUGCUCAAGAAAGGUUUUGAACUUGUGAAUAGGGAAGGUCUUGAAGUAACCGACGAUGUAUCGAUCAUAGAGCACCUAAAACAUCCUGUGUAUAUCACUGAAGGAUCCUAUACUAACAUCAAGGUUACAACCCCUGAUGAUUUGUUACUUGCUGAAAGAAUAUUGAAUCCUGCCACUGCAGUUCCAGCCCAUUAAACUCUUCAGGGUUAGUUUAAACUGUUUGUAUCUUAUUUUAUAGAGGUCCUUGGAAACACAAUCCCAAUUUCGAGUUUCAUCCGAUUUCUACAUUAUGUACUGUUGUUGAUUCACGAAGAAUUUGUUUCCUCAUUUUAGUUUCACCAUGUUUCUGAUAACAUUUUUAUACCAUGUAUUGCUUAACAUAAAAGAAAUUACCAUGCAAAA